ACACGGAACCUGUUUGUUUUUAGUAUCCCGGAUUGGUUUCCUUACGAUCCAAAGCCCCUGUUGUUUUGUGCGUUUUGGGUCGGCGCCUUGUGUAUUUAGACAGUACAAUUUUCAUUUUGUUUUGUGAUUUUGAAAGUAUUCCCGGUUACUUUAUUUUGGAACAGACAGAGUUUAUCGGUGUGUUUGUUUUUAUACAAAAUGAACGUCGAUACGCCGCAGCCGGUCUCUGCCGGAGCUGCAUCUUCAAACGCCUCUAUUUCCAGCAACAGCAGUAACAACAGUACUAACGAUGCCAUUAACAAUACUAGCAGCACUGCACCCUCUGCAGCAAACAGCGUGCCUUCCUCAGCUGCUUCUGCUCCUCAUUCUUCUGAGACUUACGUUGCAAACGGGGUCUAUGUGCCCUCAGGGAUUGCCAAUGGAGAUGUGAAGCCUGUCCUUUCCACCACCCCUCUGGCAGAUUUCUUAAUGCAGCUGGAGGACUACACACCAACAAUUCCAGAUGCAGUGACAGGAUAUUAUCUUAACCGAGCUGGCUUCCAAGCAUCAGAUCCCAGAAUAAUCCGGCUGAUUUCUCUGGCUGCUCAGAAGUUCAUCUCUGACAUUGCAAAUGAUGCCCUGCAGCACUGCAAAAUGAAAGGGACAGCUUCGGUCAACUCCAGAAACAAAUCCAAAGAUAAGAAAUACACUCUGACAAUGGAGGACCUCACUCCUGCUCUCACUGAAUACGGGAUCAACGUCAAGAAGCCUCACUACUUUACAUGAGACAAGCAUCAAGCUUGCGCAAGCAAACCAGCUUAAAACCUGGAGGCCUUCCAACCCAGCCUCUGUACCUCUCUUGGUUUAACCGAGACGAUCCCUUCCUCGUAUUAUUUUUAUUAACUCCCUUGCGGUGUUAUAGAGGCUCCCCUCUCAAUCCUGUUUGGUUCAUUUCUAGACUGCUUGUAAUUACGUUGUUUUUUGCAGUGCAUCCCAUGCGUCCUCCUAAAGUGUUUCCACAAGCUACAUAAUAAUCAUCUUAAGGGCACUUUUUACAGUUUUGCAGAAGGGCAGUAAUAUUUUGUAUUCACGCGAAUGAUGUAAUAAAACGCUUCAAUAA